CCACGCUCGUUCUGGCGCUCGCACAGAUCCGUCUCCGCUCGCUCGGUCUGCGCCUCUGCCGAGGAGUGUUGGUAAACAUCAGAUCACGUGGAAGCCAAGUCGCAACUGGUAUUGGUUCCGCGAUUUCCUUUUGUCAAAAGGCGUCGCCAAAUAGGCGCGUGAAUUUGCGACCUUAGUCGUUGAGCGCUGAAACAGCUAUAUUUGGAGCGGUCGAAACUCGCGCUGCCGAGGUCUCCGCGGCGAAGCCGCGCGCGAGGGGCCGCGCCCACGCUCUCGACUGGUGCCGCCACGGAGUGUCAACCAUUUCUGGGUCAGACAUGGCCCUGCUGACAGCUUUGUGGCCGGAAUGGUUUAUCCUGGCGGCGACGACCAGUGUUGUUCUGUACCUAUAUGUUACACGGAAUCGGAACUACUGGAAGAACCAAAAUGUGCCGUCGGAGCCAUUCUCGCUCAUAUUCGGUGCCACGUUAAGGCUUUUCUCGAACCCAAUGCACGAGCUCGACCUUGCUAGGUAUAAAAAGUAUGGAAAGCUUUUCGGUGCUUUCGAGAUGGGCAAGCCCCUGCUGUUUGUAGCGGACCCGAAGUUGGUGAAGCAGGUGCUAGUCGAUGACUUCUCAUCCCUGUCUAACCGAAGGACGAUCAAUAUGAAUGAACCGCUCCUGGACACUAUGAUGAGCAUGGCUGCAGUGGAGGUGUGGCGAGAUGUUCGCUUGGGUUCGGCACCGGCGUUCUCGGCUAAAGUGCUGCGAAAAAUGAAUGUCUUGAUGGAGGAUUGCGCUUUAACGACAGCGGAGCACCUUAAGAAAGCAGCAUCUAAAGAAGAGGACAUCGAUGUCAAACCGCUCUUCUGGGACUACGCGCUGGACCUGAUCGCGAAGUGCGCCUUCUCCAUGAAGCUGGAUUCUCAUUCGGACCCAACGAACGAGUUUAUCACCCGGUCGAAGGAAGUCCUUACUCAACGCUUCACCCCACGCUUGUUUUUAAUGAUUGUUUUUCCAGCCGUGGCAAAAAGGUUUCGCAUCGCGCCAUUAAAGCCAGACAUAAUCGCUUACUUCAGAGAUCUUUGCCAGAACAUAAUGAAAGGCAAGAAAGACGCCAGCACGGACCAUGAAAACUUUCUGCAAUUGCUGAUAAACGGAAAGAAAGGACAACUUGACACGGAACAAGAAAAAGCUUUUGAACGGGAUCGUCGGCUGUUCGACAUCAGUUCUGAAAUCAAGCCAGAUGCUCCAUCAUCGCCGGAGAUAAAAUUGACGGAAGAUCAAGCUAUGGCACAAUGUAUACUGUUUUUUCUGGCCGGUCAACAGAAGGUUUCGACCGCAAUAGCCUGCACCCUUUACCUGCUGGCCAUUCAUCCGGAAGUACAAGAUAGGCUGAGGAAAGAAGUCGAUGAAUGCUGCAUGGUCCAUGGGGAUCGGCCUAGCCUGGAUGCGAUCACGAAGCUCAAGUAUCUUCACUGCGUUGUCUCGGAGACUCUGCGAUUGUACCCACCUGUACAGCGACUGGAGAGAGCUCCUUGUGAAGACUACAUGAUCGGAGACACUGGAGUGAAGGUGACAAAAAGUGACAUAGUCGCAGUUCCCAUCUACGCCAUGCAGCACGACCCGCAAUACUUUCCCGAGCCGUUCACCUUUGACCCAGAAAGGUUCAACGACGAGAACGUUGGUUCGAUCCAGCCGUACACUUACCUGCCCUUUGGUGCUGGACCGCGCAAUUGCAUUGGCGUAAUCUUCGCCCUGCAGGCGGUGAAACUGUCCAUCUUUUACACAAUUCGCAAUGUGCAACUGGUGCGGACUGAAAAGACCAAAGUUCCUCUGGUGUUCCAAAAAGGGUUCAGGCCUCUGACAGCUGAGGAUGUCACGCUGGGAAUCAGGGCCCGUGUGUAUGGUAAUGUGGCCUAUUUGAGGACAACCGACGACACCGUAGCUUUCUUCGUGAUACCUGGUAUGGAAGAGGCGCUCGUCCUUCAACACCCGCCUACUCGUCCAGUGUUGAAGCUCAAGUAUAUCAGCGGCUGCCGUAUGGAGUUGUUCUUCGGACUGCCGGAAUGGGUAGUCCUCGUGGGGACAGUUUGUGUUCCAAUUUACCUGUACGUGUCAUGGAAUAGAAACUACUGGAAAAACCAAAAUGUAGUGUCGGAACCAUUUUCCUUUCCAUUUGGCGCCACUUGGAAAUUAUUUAUCACGCCCACGUGCCAGCUUGAUUCUGAAAGAUACAAACGAUAUGGAAAGGUUUUCGGCACCUUCGAAAUGGGAAAGGCGGUCUUGUUUGUCGGAGAAGCAGAAUUGGUCAAGCAAGUUCUAGUCAAAGAUUUUCCAUCACUUCCCAACCAAAGGACCCUAAACUUCAACGACCCCGUGUUGGACAACAUGAUGAGCAUGGCACCCUUUGAACGGUGGAGGAAUAUUCGCAUGCCGGUGGCGCGGGCAUUCUCCACUGAAAACUUGCAAAAGAUGAAUUCUUUGAUCGAAGACUGCGCGUUAGUAACGACAGAUCAUCUGAAGAAAGCGGCGUCGGAUGAAGAGGACAUCGAUAUCAUAAAGUUCUUUGGGAACUACGCUCUGGACGUGAUUGCAAGAUGCGUAUUCGCCAAACGGAUAGACUCUCAAUCUGACAGGAAGAGCGACUUCGUCGUGCAGUCAAGGCAGGCUCCUUCAGAGCGUCUUACGCUGCGUGUCUUCGUGUAUUUUCUGUUUCCGUUCAUAGCAAGAGCAACUGGCCUUCGACCGCUCAGCCCAAGCGUAUUAAAGUACUUCAGGAGCAUAGGCCAGAAUAUCAUGAAAAGCACGCAGAAGAAGGAACCACAAGAUGAGAACUUUCUUCGUUUGUUUCUGAGCCCCCAAGAAAAACGUGAAAAAGCACCGGAUACUCCCUUUGAGAGGGACCAGCGGCUGUUCAACCUUGGCUAUGAUUUGAAGUCAGACCCAUCAUUAUACUCUUUUGGAAAGCUUAAUGAAGACCAAGCCAUGGCCCAGUGUUUGCUUUUCUUCAUUGCUGGCCAAGAAACUACUGCAAGAGUGAUCGCCUACACGUUGUAUUUGCUAGCUAUUCAUCCAGACGUACAAACACAAUUGAGGAGGGAAGUCGACGAGUGUUUUGCAACUCAUGGUGAUCAUCCCGACCUGGAAGCUAUUACGAAGCUAAAGUAUCUGCACUGCGUCAUCACAGAGUCUCUUAGGAUGUACCCGCCAAUUUCGAGACUUGAGCGAGUGCCUUGCUGUGACUACACACUGGGAGACACAGGAGUGAAACUGAAGCAUGGUGAUUUAAUCACAAUUCCUGUUUACGCCAUGCACCACGACCCGCAAUACUUUCCUGACCCAUGGACGUUCAAGCCGGAAAGGUUCAACGACGAGAACGUUGGUUCGAUCCAGCCGUACACUUACCUGCCCUUUGGUGCUGGACCGCGCAAUUGCAUUGGCGUAAUCUUCGCCCUGCAGGCGGUGAAACUGUCCAUCUUUUACACAAUUCGCAAUGUGCAACUGGUGCGGACUGAAAAGACCAAAGUUCCUCUGGUGUUCCAAAAAGGGUUCAGGCCUCUGACAGCUGAGGAUGUCACGCUGGGAAUCAGGGCACGUGUGUAGCGAGACAGGCUGGUGUUUUAUUCGUCUCGCCUUCAUCUGAGUGGAGCGAUCAAAAGAGCGUUGCUGCAGAUAGUUUGACUGCUUGGGAAUAAUGUUUUCCCUUACAAUGUUGCGCUAUAUAUUAUAGUACUCUCUUGUGAAACGUCUGAUCGUGUAUACACUAUUCCGUCGUUGUGAAAAUAAAGCAUUUAUGUGCCUCA